UUUUACUAUGAGACAUGCUAUUCGUAAUAUAUGAUGGUGUAUGCUUUGUGUCAUCUUGGCAGUACUGAUAGUGACAGUGAGUAAACACUGUGAUUUAUUGACAGUACUGACGGUGAAAAAACCGAACGCGGUUUUUAUGAAAUUGUCAGGAAGCAUUGAUAAUUUAAUAUAGUAAUGUUAACUUUUAUAAUAUAAUUAAAAUUUUAACAUAAAGUUGUACUAAAAAUUAUAUCGUUAUUAAAAGGAUGUACUAAUAUGUAAAAAUAAUUCAUUUGUUACUAUGAAGCAAAUUGAAUAUACGCGAUCUAAUUCGAUGAUUGAAUGGCAAUUUUCGGAGUUAUAAUUAUUAAAUUAUUAAUUCAUAAUAUUUCCUUACACAAAAAUAAUGCGUCACAUAACCGAGUAUCACAGAUCUAUUGAUGAAUAUAAACCUAUUUCACCUAUAAAAAGAAAGAUGAAAUCAUAUUGGAUUUUAGCUAUAUUUAGAAUUCUUUUGACUUUUGUUCCACAAAGUGGAUAUAUACAUCCGGACGAGUACUUUCAAGCUAUAGAAGUCAUAUCAGGAGAUCAUUUUGACAUAGAUGUAUACAAGCCAUGGGAAUAUAACGCAACAUUUCCCAUUCGAACUAUUUUUAUACCACAAAUGAUUGUGGGCACUUCCUAUUCAAUUUUAAAAAUUCUUUCACCCUAUGCAUUUUAUUUCUUUGGUACAUCCUUAAUAUUACCAUAUUAUCUUAUAGUCUUUCCUAGACUCUUUAUAUGUAUUUUAUCAUUCAUAUCUGAUUACUGCCUAUAUAAGAUAUGUUGUAUGUGUGGCCAAAACUAUAAAGUGAGAUUGAUUACAUUUGCAAGUUCUUAUGUAAUGUUAACUUAUGCUACACGUGUAUUUUCAAAUUCUAUUGAAUUAAUAUUGACUUCUUUACUAUUAUUCUAUACCUCACAGUGCAUGGUAUACUCAGAAAAGGUCAUUAUAAAGAGUGAUUAUCUUUCAAACAAAUAUGAUGAAGCUAAAAAUGGAGUGGAACGUGUUAAAUACUAUAAACUAUUAAGAUUAUUACCUUCACAUUCUUUAAAUCAUUGUUUUAAGAUAGCUACUAUUACUGUUAUUGGUAUAUUUAACAGACCAACAUUUGUUGCAUUUGCAUUUCCUCCUAUAUUUUUUUGGUUACAAAGAGGUCUUGGUUCGAAAACUAUUGGUUUGCUUCAUUUUCAUUUAAGAAUGUUUACUUUUAUUCUUUGUGGCAUACCUACUGCUAUCUUCUUUAUCAUAGUUGAUAGUUUUUACUUUGGCUACUUAACAAUGGGAGAGAUAGGAAAUUUGGAUAUUAGUUUGAAUAAUUUUGUAGUGACACCAUUUAAUUUUCUAAAAUAUAAUGCCAAUUCUAAAAAUUUAGAAGAUCAUGGUUUACAUCCACGUUUUUUGCAUUUUUUAUUAAAUAUACCUCUAUUAUACAAUGUACUUGGAAUUAUUGGAUUACUUACCUUUGCAAGGAUGUUAUUCAGUGGUUUAAAAGGAAAAUGGCUGGAAUUACCACGGAUACAAAGUAUAGUUAGUUUAAUGAUAACAUCAUUUAUUGUUCCUGUAGCAUUAUUAUCUUUCUUUCCUCAUCAAGAACCACGUUUUAUAAUACCAGUAAUAUUUCCAUUGGUUUUCUUAUAUGCUCCAAAAUUAAAUCAUGUAUCUGGAGUUGAUACUAUCUCACAUAUUAAACAAAAUAAUCCAACUAAUUAUAUGCCACAAAAAAUAUUUAAGCCCACAAAGCUGCAAAUUAUUUGGUAUUUUUUUAACAUCAUAUUAUGUUUAUUUUAUGGUUUUAUACAUCAAGGUGGAGUUUUCCCUUUAACAUUACGUAUGAGUGCUGAAUUGAAAGCUAAACCUCAUCUUACACACAUACAUUUAUAUACAUCAUACAUAUAUCCCAUACCAACUGCACUUUUACAUUUAAAAAAUACGCAAAAAACAUAUGUUAGUAGUGGCAAUCAUAAGUAUCGCUUGACCAAAGACUUUUAUCUUUAUGAACAAGGUUCAAAAAAUAUGACAGAAGUGUAUAAUAGUAUCACACAAAAACUUCAGGAAUGUGAAGAAAAAUUCAAAUUUAAAAGAAUAUCAUAUAGAUUGUAUUACACAUUGCCUUAUAGUGCUGUAGGAGAAUUUGCUGAAUAUUCCCAAAAUAAUUCUCUGUUAUUUAACUAUUAUACUAUAUGGACAUAUUAUCCACACAUUUCAACUGAAAAAUUGCCAUCAUUAAAAACUAUUAAUGAACAUAUAAAUUUACAGAAUAUCAGUCUUUUUAGACCAAGAUCAUUGAUACAACUUAUAGAUGAUAUAUCAAUGUUUUUUCAACAAUUUAGAUUAGCAUUAAUCAAGAUUGAAAACUCGACACAAUUUGUAAAAAAGACUAAAAAUUCAGUGUUUACAUAAAAAAGCAAUAAAUAAAUUGUUCCAUAUUUUAUCAUAACAAAAAUCUAUUCAAAAACAAAGACGCAAAAUAUUUAAUAAUUACUUCGAACAAUUAUUUUUUUGUAUUCUACAUGUACCGUACAUUUUAUCAAACUAAAUUUAAAGUACAAAAUUAAUUUAAUUUUAAUUGCUUUUUAUUUAUGUUUAUAAAGUAUAGUUACACAUGAAUGUCGACUAGAUUUUUGUAAAUAUUGCAAUGCAAGUAUAAGUAUUUAUCAUAAAAAAAUUAUAUAUUUAUAAGCGAAUGUAUUUUUACGUAUAUACCUAUGUACUCAUUAAUUAUUGUAGUCGCCUGGCAUAUAUAGAGACUUUAUGAAAAUAUUUGCUGUUUAAGAAAAUAUCUUCUCUCUAAAAUUACCCACUAUUUCCUUAGUAAAAUAAACUACAUUAUUUAUACAUAAUAAAUUUCAUUAUGUUUUGGCAAUGUGUUAAAUCAACAUAAUUAGAUUUCUAAUAUUAUAAUAGAAGAAUAUUUUAAUACAUGUUCAAUUCGAGCAUAUUAGUUAUUAGUAAUAGUGAUAAAAUUAGUAUCAUAUUGCGAACAUAUUAUAUUUCAUACUUCAUAUAUAUUUGUAUUUCUAUUCCUAAUCCUAAUAUAUAGAUGUAAAAGAAUAGUAAUUUUUGUUAAAGAUUUAAUAAAGAAAGACUAUUUAGAAUUUAGUAAAAAUAAUAUGUAAAAAUACUAAAUAAUAACAUUCCAAUAAAUUUCUAAUUUUAUCAAUAUCUGCUACAUGUAAUUAUAAGCAAAAUAUGGCACUAAUUCAUUGUUCCUCAUAAGUCCAUGGUGAUUCUUGAUUAAAUUUACUUUGAUGUGCUGCAUUUCGAGCUGCAUAUAAUCUCUAAAAUCGUAAUAUAUAUUUACAUAAAAUUUUUAUUUCUCAUAACAUUAAAAUAUCUUACCGGAUUGUCGAUAUAAGCUUCACAUCCAUAACACCAGACUGAUAAAUCACUAAAACUUAGAGUCAGAGGAUGCUGAGUUUCAUCAGCAUGUAAUAAUGCAUGUUGAUUGAUAUUUCUUGCACAAUGUACAGUAUAACAUUGUAGGCAAAUCCAAUUUUCAACACUGCUACCACAUUCCAUACAUGGUAAAUGUACAUCGAUACCACGAGAAGGUACAUCAUUAACAGUAUCUAGAUGUGGACAAUCGCGCAAUGGUAUAACAGCAAACAUCUCGCCAGCUAUUAAUGCCUGGAUAUAAAAUUUUUGUAUUUUAAUACAACAAUAAAAACAAAUAAAAGAAGUUGCAAAAUCA